CUUCAUAUCAUAAUUGGGUAUUCACAGAAUUGAGAACUUGUGCUCAUGAUUAAAAUCUGCAUUUAGCUCUUAGUUAUUGAAUCAUUAACAUGUAGAGACAGAAGGAUGGUGCUUGGGUUUUUGCUGUUGGAUGCUGAUAACUCUCAGCCUGUGCAGUUUUCCAGGUAAUGUGAAUGUGGAGAAAUUGAGGUGACUCAGACAUGGAGGACAGAAGACCUCAUCUGGAGGCCAGGCCCAGGAAUCCCCAUACCAACCCCAGAGGGCCUAUGGAUGGAGAAUUACCACCAAGAGCUAGAAAUCAGGCCAAUAACCCACCAGCCAAUGCUCUCAGAGGAGGAGCCAACCAGUCCAGAAGGCAUCCCAGGGCCAACAGUCAUCCUGUUCCUUACCAGCAAAGGGAAGAGAGAUUUCGGGCCAUGGGCAGGAACCCACAUCAGGGAAGGAGGAACCAGGAGGGGCAUGCCAGUGACGAAGCUAGAGGCCAAAGACAUGGUCAGGAGAAUGACACCAGGCAGAGAAAUGGCAACCAGGAGGGUAAGAACCACGGACCACCAUGGUCCAGUGAAAACUUCCAGCAGUGGCGGACCCCCCACCAGAAGCCUGCAGAACAGCCACAGCAGGUGAAGAAACUGGGCUACAAAUUCCUAGAAAGUCUUUUGCAGAAAGACCCCUCAGAGGUGGUCAUCACACUUGCCACAAGUUUAGGGCUAAAGGAGCUCCUGUCUCAUUCCUCCAUGAAAUCCAACUUCCUUGAGCUUAUCUGCCAGGUUCUUCGGAAGGCUUGCAGUUCCAAAAUGGACCGCCAGAGCAUUCUCUAUGUUCUGGGCGUAUUGAAGAAUUCCAAAUUCCUCAAAGUCUGUCUGCCUACUUAUGUGGUAGGAAUGAUCACUGAACCUGUCCCUGACAUUCGAAACCAGUAUCCAAAACAUAUAAGCAACAUCAUCUCCCUCAUCCAGGACCUGGUAAGCGUCUUCCCCGCCAGCUCCGUGCAGGAAACAUCCAUGCUUAUUUCCCUCCUGCCAGCUUCUCUUAAUGCUUUGAGAGCCUCUGGUGUUGACAUAGAAGAGGAGACAGAAAAGAACCUGGAAAAGGUGCAGACCAUCAUUGAACAUCUGCAGGAAAAGAGGCGAGAGGGCACUUUGAGAGUGGAUACCUAUACUCUAGUGAAGCCUCAGGCAGAUCAUGUUGAGAGCUACCGGACUGUGCCCAUUUACCCUACCUACAAUGAAGUGCACUUGGAUGAAAGGCCCUUCCUUCGCCCCAACAUCAUUUCUGGAAAAUAUGACAGCACUGCUGUCUAUUUGGAUACCCACUUCCGACUCUUAAGAGAAGAUUUUGUCAGACCCCUACGGGAAGGCAUUUUGGAACUUCUCCAAAACUUUGAAGACCAGUGCCUGAGGAAGAGAAAGUUUGAUGACAUCCGAAUCUACUUUGAUACCAGGAUUAUCACCCCUUUGUGUUCAUCAUCAGGCAUUGUCUACAAGGUACAGUUUGACACAAAACCACUGAAGUUUGUUCGCUGGCAGAAUUCCAAGCGAUUACUCUAUGGAUCCUUGGUAUGCAUGUCCAAGGACAACUUUGAGACAUUUCUUUUUGCCACUGUUUCUAACCGGGAACAAGAAGAUCUCUGCCAAGGAAUUGUCCAGCUUUCCUUCAAUGAACAAAGCCAACAGCUUUUAGCAGAUGUCCAGCCCUCUGACUCUUUCCUCAUGGUGGAGACAACUGCAUACUUUGAGGCCUAUAGGCACGUCCUGGAAGGACUCCAGGAGGUCCAGGAGGAAGAUGUCCCCUUCCAGAGGAACAUCGUGGAGUGCAACUCAGAUGUGAAGGAGCCAAGGUACUUGCUAAUGGGAGGUAGAUAUGAUUUCACCUCCUUAAUAGAGAAUCCCUCAGCCACUGGGGAAUCUCUGAGGAAUGCCGAGGGCUUCAGAUACUCCAGAGUUAAUGUCUUAGACCCUAACCAGUGGCCCUCAAAAGAAGCCCUGAACCUGGAUGACUCCCAGAUGGAAGCCUUGCAAUUCGCACUCACAAGUGAACUGGCUAUUAUUCAAGGACCUCCUGGAACAGGCAAAACCUAUGUUGGUCUAAAAAUUGUUCAGGCCCUUCUAACCAAUGAGUCCGUUUGGCAAAUUAGCCUCCAGAAGUUCCCCAUCUUGGUUGUGUGUUAUACAAAUCACGCUUUGGACCAGUUUCUGGAAGGCAUCUACAAAUGUCAGAAGACCAGCAUCGUGCGGGUGGGUGGAAGGAGCAACAGUGAAAUCCUGAAGCAGUUCACUCUGAGGGAGCUGAGGAACAAGCGGGAAUUCCGCCGCAACCUGCCCAUGCACCUCCGAAGGGCGUACAUGAGUAUCAUAACACAGAUGAAGGAGUCAGAGCAAGAGCUUCGUGAAGGAGCCCAGACCCUGGAGUGCACCAUGCGUGGCGUUAUACGGGAACAGCACCUGGAGAAAUACAUCUCCCCCCAACACUGGGAAAGCCUGAUGAAUGGACCAGUGCAGGAUAGUGAAUGGGUCAACUUCCAGUGUUGGAAGCGUUCCAUGAUGCUGGAGUGGCUGGGUCUAGGUGUCGGUUCUUUCACCCAAAAUGUUGCUCCAGCAGGACCUGAGAAUACAGCCCAAGCAGGAGGAGAGGAGCAAGAAGAAGGGGAGGAGGAGGAUUCACUGAUCGAGAUCGCAGAAGAAGCCGACCUGAUUCAAGCAGACCGGGUGAUUGAAGAGGAAGAGGUGGUGAGGCCCCAGCGGCGGAAGAAGGAAGAGAAUGGGGCAGACCAGGUGUUGGCCAAAAUGCUUCUGGCCAUAAGGCUAGACCACUAUGGCCCCAGGACAACAGCUGGGCAAGAGCAAGCCUCAGGAGAAUGGGAGACCCAGAGUAAACAGAAAAAGAAAAUGAAGAAGAAAGUGAAGGUUGAGCUUCGCAAACUGAACACCAUGACUGAAGCUGAGGCCAGUGAGAUCUGGGACGUUUGGCAGCUGGACCUGAAUUCUCGGUGGCGGCUUUAUAGGCUAUGGCUACAGAUGUACCAGGCUGACGCCCGCCGGAAGAUCCUCAGCUAUGAACGCCAGUACCGCACAUCAGCAGAGAGAAUGGCUGAACUAAGACUCCAGGAAGACCUGCACAUCCUUAAAGAUGCCCAGGUCAUAGGAAUGACAACCACAGGGGCUGCCAAAUACCGCCAGAUCCUGCAGAAGGUGGAGCCUCGGAUUGUCAUCGUGGAAGAGGCUGCCGAAGUCCUUGAGGCCCAUACUAUUGCCACAUUGAGCAAAGCAUGCCAGCACCUCAUUCUGAUUGGGGACCACCAGCAGCUGCGUCCCAGUGCCAAUGUGUAUGAUCUGGCCAAGAACUUCAACCUUGAGGUGUCCCUUUUUGAACGGCUAGUGAAAGUCAACAUUCCCUUUGUACGUCUGAAUUAUCAGCACCGUAUGCGCCCUGAAAUUGCCCGCCUUUUGACCCCCCACAUUUACCAGGAUCUGAAGAAUCACCCCUCUGUUCUCAAGUAUGAGAAGAUUAAGGGUGUCUUUUCCAACCUUUUCUUUGUAGAACACAACUUUCCUGAACAGGAAAUUCAAGAAGGCAGAAGCCAUCAGAACCAGCACGAGGCUCACUUUGUCGUGGAGUUGUGCAAGUACUUCCUGUGCCAGGAAUAUUUGCCGUCCCAGAUUACAAUCCUCACCACCUAUACCGGACAGCUCUUCUGCCUGCGCAAACUCAUGCCUACCAAGACAUUUGCUGGCAUCAAGGUCCAUGUCGUGGACAAAUAUCAAGGAGAAGAGAAUGACAUCCUCCUCCUCUCUCUAGUGCGAAGCAACCAGGAAGGCAAGGUGGGUUUUCUCCAGAUAUCCAACCGCAUCUGCGUGGCCUUGUCCCGAGCCAAGAAGGGCAUGUACUGCAUUGGAAACAUGCAGAUGCUGGCAAGGGUGCCCUUGUGGAGCAAGAUCAUCCAUACCCUUCGAGAGAACAAUCAGAUAGGCCCCGCACUCCAGCUCUGCUGCCAGAACCACCCUAAUACCCACACCUUAGUAUCCAAAGCUUCUGACUUCCAAAAAGUGCCGGAAGGAGGCUGCAACCUGCCUUGUGAGUUCCGGCUGGCCUGUGGGCAUGUCUGCACCCGUGCCUGCCACCCCUAUGACUCCUCACAUAAGGAGUUCCAGUGCAUGAAGCCAUGCCAGAAAGUCAUCUGCCAGGAUGGGCACCGGUGCCCCCUUGUUUGCUUCCAGGAGUGUCAGCCUUGUCAGGUAAAAGUGCCCAAAAUCAUUCCUCAGUGUGGCCAUGAACAAAUGGUCCCUUGUUCCAUGCCUGAGUCAGAUUUCUGCUGCCAGGAGCCUUGUCCCAGGGUCCUGAGAUGUGGGCACAGAUGCAGCCAUUCAUGUGGGGAGGACUGUGUGAGGUUGUGUUCAGAAUUGGUCACCGUGAAACUCAAGUGUGGGCACAGCCAACCGGUGAAGUGUGGUAAUGUGAAAGACCUCGAGUUUGAUCUGCCAGUCAAGUGCACCACCAAGUGUGGCACCAUCUUGGACUGCGGCCAUCCUUGUCCCGGUUCCUGCCAUACCUGCUAUGAAGGGCGCUUCCAUGAGCGCUGUCAGCAGCCCUGCAAGCGCCUGCUCAUCUGCUCACACAAGUGCCAGGAGCCAUGCAUUGGCGAGUGCCCACCCUGCCAGCGUACCUGUCAAAACCGUUGUGUCCACAGCCAGUGCAAGAAGAAGUGUGGGGAGCUGUGCAGCCCCUGUGUGGAACCCUGUGUCUGGCGCUGCCAGCACUUCCAGUGCACAAAACUCUGCUCUGAACCCUGCAACCGACCCCCAUGCUAUGUGCCUUGUACUAAGCUGCUGGCUUGUGGCCACCCCUGCAUAGGUCUGUGCGGGGAGCCCUGCCCCAAGAAGUGCCGUGUCUGCAACCUGGAUGAAGUCACCCAAAUCUUCUUUGGCUUUGAGGAUGAGCCUGAUGCCCGCUUUGUGCAGCUAGAGGACUGCAGCCACAUCUUCGAGGUACAAGCCUUGGACCGCUACAUGAAUGAGCAGAAGGAUGAUGAAGUCGCCAUCAAGCUGAAGGUCUGCCCUAUCUGCCAGGUGCCCAUCCGCAAAAAUCUGAGGUAUGGAACCAGCAUCAAAGAGCGGCUGGAAGAGAUUGAAAUCAUCAAGGAAAAGAUCCAAGGCUCAGCAGGGGAAAUUGCAACCAGCCAAGAACAACUUAAGGCCCUGCUGGAGAGGAAGAACCUCCUCCAUCAAAUACUUCCUGAAGAUUUCUUGAUGCUAAAGGAAAAGCUGGCCCAGAAAAAUCUGUCAGUGAAGGACCUGGGCCUUGUUGAGAAUUACAUUGGUUUCUAUGACCACUUGGCCAGCCUGUGGGAUUCCCUGAAAAAGGUGCAUAUCUUAGAACAAGAAAGAGUGAGGACUCGACUAGAGCAGGUCCAUCAGUGGCUGGCCAAGAAGCGCUUGAGCUUCACCAGUCAGGAACUGAGUGACCUCCAAAGUGAAAUCAAGAGGCUCACGUAUCUACUGAACCUCCUGAGCCGCUGCAAGAUGGCAGAGAAGAUAAAAGGUAGCAUAGCAGAAGAGGUCUACAGUGUCCGGAAUGUCCUCGAGAAAACAUGUAAGUUCACCCAGGAGGAUGAACAGCUUGUGCAGAGAAAGAUGGAACUUCUGAAAGCCACCCUUCCCUGCUCUGGCCUGGGCAUCUCAGAGGAAGAGCGAGUGCAGAUUGUCAAUGCCAUGGGUUUUCCUCGUGGCCACUGGUUCAAGUGCUCCAAUGGCCAUAUCUAUGCGAUUAGUGAUUGUGGGGGAGCCAUGCAGAGGGGCACCUGUCCUGACUGUAAGGAGGUGAUUGGUGGCACACAUCAUACUCUGGAAAGUAGCAACCAGCUUGCUUCUGAGAUGGAUGGAGCCCAGCACCCUGCCUGGUCUGACACAGCCAACAACCUGAUGAACUUUGAGGAGAUCCAGAGGAUGAUGUAGGAAGAUGGCACCUGCGUUUACCCCAGCCACCAUAUAGCUGGGUUGGCUCUCUUAUGAAGGAACUGAAGUUUUUUUAUUAUUGUCCUUUAGUCUUAGCACUAAAGGAUCCACUUUUAGGGCUUGCCCACAUCAUUUCUAGAUUUAUCCCUGCGCCAGAGUUAGCACUUUAUCUCCAGAACUGAGAGCAAAAUUAACAGAUCUCACCUCUUUCUCUCCCCUACAAAUUAGUGGACCGAUUCCCUGGAGCAUGUUAGAGGCUUCCAACUAGGACUACCUAGUGGUACCUCUCUGUCAUGACUCACUCAGAUGUUUCUUCUACAAUGUUUCCAGGGCACAGAGUAUAAGCUCAGUGCAACUGACUGAUUCUAAUUGCUAGGCCCUAACUUGCAGACUAACUCUCAUUCUAAAGAACAGAGGCCCAGAGGGAAUUGUUUAUGAACCACUUAUCCCUUCAAGGAGCACAAGAAACCCUCCUGCCCUCUUCCUUGGGCACCCUCCCUCCAGGAGAUGGAGGCAUGUGAUAAGACAAAGACAUUACAACUCACCUUCACCCAGUUACCUAUUCACUGAGAGGGAAAGUGGAACUACACACAUCUGCAGACUUAUGCAGCAGGCCCAGGCUGAGUGAUCCCAUACCAUUUCCUGUGACUUGUAUUUUUGGGAUGGUGGAGAUUUCUUGACCUGCUAUAGGAGAGUUUUGGUAGCAGUGCUGGUUCCCCCAAGGCCCUGUAUGGAGCUAAACUCCCAUUCAUUACCAGCAGCACCUAUCCCAUGUGUGAUCCUUCAUCCCAACAUCCUCUCUUACAGCUUUUGCCUGGGGCAGGGUUAGCAUGCCAGCAGCUUCUACAGGCCCCAUUGCAAGGCCAGAAGCCAGCACCCAGGCCUGCUGCCUGCAUAUGCAUUCCCUUGAUCCAGUGUUCCUUAGAACUGACAUUUAGCCAUCUCAGGUCCUUUCUAAUGUGGGCAAGAAAAAUGCCCCUUUCCUAUGUAUGCAUUUCUUUUUUUGUCUUUACUAUGCACUUUAGCUUAUAAAGCCAAUUAAUAAAGACAACGAUUGAGAACA